CCGUUGCGGAUACAGCCGCCGCUACCCCGAUGGCGUCAGUACCUAAGCCUCUCACCUUGGAAUAGUGGCCUUGACAACCUUCGUUAAGUGGUCAACGACCCGUAAAGCAUCGAAGCUGCUUCGCCAGUCGCAUGGAUGGCGACAUCCUUAACGGCAGAUCCGAACGUCAUUUGCCCGAGAUGCCGGCCGACUCCAAGCCUCCCAUCAUCCCGUUCUGAGGCAUAGGUGAGAGUUUUGCAAAGUCAAAAUGGGUAUAGUCUAGACUUGUCUAUCACGUGUGUUCUUGUUUAUUGCAGCAUGUCGAGCUGACUCUGUUCGAACUGGCUUCCUGCCCAUCUGCUUAGAGCGUGACAUCUUUCCUAAUAUACCGGUAUGGCUGCUACAGAGCAGAAGCCGCUCCUCGAUGUGACCCUGGAUCUCUCUGCGCUGUUCCGGGAGCAGGUCAGAGCAUCACCAGAUGCGGUGGCGCUAGAGGACGAGACGACAACGUAUACUUACGCAGAGCUUGACGGUAAGGUUGAGGACCUCGCGGCUCGGCUGAGUCGACAUGGAGUGAAGCGCGACAGCCUGGUCGGCGUUCUUCUCCCUCGUAGCGCAGACUACGUAAUUGCAUGCCUAGCUGCGCUCCGUGCUGAUGGUGCCUUCCUCGUGCUGGAGCUGGCAUACCCGCCAGAACUACUCGCGGACGUGAUUGAGGAUGCUAAUCCGGCUGUGGUGAUCACGUAUCGAGCGGAAAUUGGUAAAGUCAAGGAAGGUGUCCCGCUCAUUGCCCUGGACGAGGAACCUCCCGCCACCGCCAAUGGCGGCGCUGAAAGUUCCACUCGGAACGGAACUGAAACCAACGGCGAGGUGUCAGCACCAGACGACCACGACCUGGACAAGCUUUCCUUCGUGGCGUACAGUUCGGGCACUACGGGUAAACCGAAGGGCAUUGCAAAUCCGCAUCGUGCGCCAGUGCUUUCGUACGAGCUACGAUUUCGCCUUUCAGAUUUGCAACCUGGCGACCGCGUCGCGUGCAAUGUGUUCUUUAUCUGGGAAAUCAUUCGACCUCUGCUUAGAGGUGCUACGACAGUCGCCGUCCCAGACGAGACCAGUUAUGACCCGGUCGCCUUGGUUGAGUUCCUCAGCUCCAAGCGCAUCACCGAAACGCUCAUGACUCCUACUCUACUAGCCACGGUGUUAUCCCGACACUCAGAUCUCGCUUCUCGCCUGACGGACCUUCGCACCCUGUGGCUCAAUGGCGAAGUGGUCACGGCCGACUUAGCUCGAAGAGCGCUCAAGGCAAUGCCGAAUGUGCGCUUGCUCAAUGUUUACAGCGCCUGUGAAACACACGAGAUUGCCUGUGGAGAUGUGAAGGACAUGUUGCAGGAAGAUUCCUCAUACAGUCCCGUUGGGCCACCCAUUGAUCCAAAGCAUACCUAUGUUGUGGACGAGUCUGGUGAACUUGUUGAGCCGGGCACGAGUGGCGAGCUCUACGUUGGUGGCCUUAUGCUUGCUAGAGGCUACAUCAACCGACCCGAGACCACUGCAGAAGCCUUCCAACCGGACCGCUUCAAUCCUGUCGAAGGUGCACGAAUGUAUAAGACUGGUGACCUGGCACGACUGCUUCCAUCGGGUCUGUUGGAGAUCACUGGGCGAGUAGGCAGCAUGAUCAAACUGCGGGGAUACAGCGUAGUACCGGGCAAAGUACAAGAUGCAAUUGUCAGGCGCCUAGCUGUUAAAGACUGCGUGGUGGUAGCGCACGGCGAAGGGCUGGAUCGGCAAUUAGUAGCCUACCUGGUGCGGGAUUCAGCUGAUGAAGUUUCCGAUGAGCGGCCAGCCAUCGAAAUUGACGAUCAAGCGCGCAGUCCAUCGGCACGAAAAGCACUAUCGGCAGCCCUCGCUCAGUACAUGCUUCCAGCUUUGUGGAUUGAGCUUGAAGCGCUGCCUACACACGAAGUGUCUGGAAAGAUCGAUCUUAAAGCUCUACCUUCUCCAACAGCAAAGGCUUUGCCGAACAAGCUCAACGUAGACAAGGAUCCUAUUAACGUAGAUACCGUCGCAGAACUGUGGGCGGAAACGCUUCAUGUUUCAAAGAAAAGCAUUGCAGCCGAGCACAGCUUCUUCGACUUGGGCGGACAUAGCUUGAGCCUUGCAGAGCUUGCAGCACGACUUUCACGAAACUUCGGCUUCCGCGUCCCUGUGGUUCGCCUUGCAGAUCCGACGACGUUGAAAGGGCAUGUAUCGACGUUGCGAGCAAUACGGGAUGGACAGAUUGCGGCAGUUCAAGCCGAUCUGCCCGCGGCACUGCGAGAUGACACAGUUCUUGACCCUAUGAUCAAGCCACCGAGGACUAAGAUGGUGUCAUUGAAGGAAGUCAACACGGUCUUCCUAACCGGUGCGACCGGGUUUCUCGGGGCCUUCCUCCUUAAUGACUUGCUUGAGGACACGUCAGCUCAUAUUAUCUGCCUCGUCCGCUUCGUGGAUCCUUCCGCCAGUGACAUCCCGGCGGGCAUUGCAAGGAUGAGGAAGAACCUGAUUGAUCUUGGCCUGUGGCGAGAUUCGAUAAUGGAGCGUGUUGAGAUUCUUCCCGGCAAUCUUGAGCGCGAAAGGUUCGGCCUUUCGCCGGAUGAUUUCCAGAGCGUUGCGUCUCGUGUGCAGGCCGUGGUCCAUGCAGCUGCAACCGUUAAUCUUGUGUAUCCUUACGCCGCGCUGAGGGCUGCUAACGUUGGUGGCACUCGGGAAGUCCUUCGGCUGGCCAGCGUGAACGGGGCUACGGUGCAAUACGUUUCGACGAACGGAGUUCUACCACCUUCUCCGUCUGGUUUCGGAUGGCCGGAAGACUCCAUGCUUUACGUUGACUCUGUUCCCGAGAAGUUACUCGACGGGUACGGGCAGACGAAAUGGGCAGCUGAGCAGCUUGUGCUGGAAGCUGGACGACGCGGACUCCCAGUCCGUAUACACCGCGCUGGCACCAUCGCCGGCCACAGCGCGACAGGUGCGGCAAACGCUUAUGAUCUUCUUACAGCGCUAUUUGUGGAAUCAAUGCAGCUCGGAUACGCUCCAGACGUGGAGGGUUGGCGCGCGGAGAUGACGCCAGUGGAUUUCGUGAGCAAAUCGAUUGUGCACCUCGCAUGCCAGUCGCAUGCGAAACAGCUAGUGUUUCACUUGGGUGACCCUGAUCCGGUAGAUGCGAAGCAAGUCUUCAACGAUCUUGCAGAACUCGGCUACCCAACGCAGCCUCUGGUUUGGGACGAAUGGGUGGCAAUUUGGACAGAAAAGCGUGGCUCGCUCAGAGGAGGCGAUGGACAGUUUACUGUCGACAUACUCCGGAGCGGCAUGCCCAGCAUAGAAUACCUUAACGGCAUCGUCGUGCUAAACAACGCUCAGACGCGGCCGCUCCGCGCAAUGGUCGAGCGGCCCAAAGUCGACAUUGUCUUGCUGGAGACAUAUGCUCGGCAUUGGUACGCUCGAGGCUGGCUUCCCAGACCACCAUCGCGCCAGCUUGCCGUCGGCGGAGCAGCACAUUCCAUGCGGAGAAGUAUUCUUACUGGACGUGUGGCAGUGGUCACGGGGGCCUCGAGCGGUAUUGGUGCUGCAGUUGCAGCUGCACUGGCGAAGGAAGGCUGCCAUUUGAUGCUCGGCGCAAGACGGAUGGACGCUCUUGAGUCCGUCAAACGCAGACUCGCCGUACGACAGGGCAAGGUCAUUGUCCGCCAGACCGAUGUUACCGAUCGCAAACAAGUUGAAGGGCUGGUGCAAGCCGCGGAGAACCAGCUUGGACCUGUCGACAUCCUAGUGUCUUGCGCCGGGGUUAUGUACUUCACCAUGAUGGCGAACGUGCGUACGGAAGAAUGGGACCGCACGGUGGAUGUCAACUGCAAAGGCCUGCUCCACUGCUUGGCGGCUGUUGUGCCAUCGAUGCUUUCCCGCAGUGGCGGACAUAUUGUCGCUAUAUCAUCAGACGCUGGCCGCAAGGUCUUCCCAGGCCUUGGGGUUUACUCAGCAUCGAAGUUUUUCACUGAAGCCACUCUUCAGAGCCUGCGAUUAGAGACAGCAGGGAAGGGCCUGCGUGUCACAAGCGUGCAGCCCGGCAAUACGUCGACCGAUCUCUUAGGCAUGUCAACAGAUGCAGAAGCGGUAAAGCAGUAUGGUGAGCCCACCGGCGCCAAGAUCUUGGACGCUGAGGAUGUCGCGAACUCGAUCGUCUAUGCGCUGAAGCAACCGGAGCACGUCGCUGUGAACGAGAUACUAAUCGAGCCCCGAGAGGAGCCCAUAUGAACACACUGCAUGUGGAUGGCGAUGGGGCGCAACGUAACAAAAGCGUAUACAGUGUACACAAUGGAUAUCUACCGCGCGAGGUAGUAGUCUGUAUUCAGGCGGCGGCACAUGUUCGCCAUGAGUUCGUGACUCGGUUGCUUGAUCUUCAUGCGCCUUUAGCAUCUGCCUGGGCGGCAACUGGCCAACACGACGCGGGGGUUGUGUGACUUUCUCCAUGCUUAACCCAUCAUGUCCAGGUCGUGGUGUGGUGCCCCGGACUCGCGGGCAGUGUAUCAUGGCAGGCUAAAUGCCACGAUGCCUGCUUAUAAGUGGGGCCAGCAUUGGUAUACAGUACCGGCUAUAUACCUCGCAUAACUUCUCCUCUCUCCUCCGCGCAUACGUGCAGCU